AGAUCUGGAUCCCCUGCACCAGCUGGGGCGGUAGCCUACCACCAUGGGGGUUAAAACGAUGCUCCCCAGCUACGAACUGGGGUUUUACGCCCUCGCCGUGACGUGUGCCGUGGUGUACAGUGGCAGUGGGAUCUUCGAAGCGUCUAGAGACAGCAUGAACAGAAAGGCCUUUCGGGACGGGAUAAAGCCGGGCUGGCACUACUUCGGCAGGAAGAUGGACGUGGCCGAUUUCGAGUGGGUGAUGUGGUUCACCUCGUUCAGGAACGUCAUCAUCUUCGCCCUCUCGGGACACGUCCUCUUCGGCAAGAUCUGCUCCAUGACGGUGCCACAGCACCGUGCUGUGGUGUACAUGGUCUAUGGGAUCCUUGCUGUGCUGGGCAGCAUGGGGCUCGUCUACCUGAUGAUCAUCCUCUCCCACUGCCUUGUCCUCUACUCCGUUGCGAUGGCCAAGCAGAAGUGGCUCUGCUAUGCGGCCGGGCUUUGCUGUCUUGCCUCCUUCAAGGUGGAACCAUUCAGCUCCUGGCAGAGUGGGUUUGUAACAGGAGCUUUUGAUCUUCAAGAUGUCCUCUUCUAUGGAGGAAGCUGCUUCACCAUCAUGCGCUGCAUGAGCUUUGCCCUCGAGAGCUCUGAGAGGAAAGAGGGCAUCUACUCCAUCUUCGACCUCCUCAAGUACAACUUCUACCUCCCCUUCUUCUUCUUCGGGCCUGUCAUGACGUUUGACCAGUUCCAUGCACAGGUGAGCACCCGAGAGCUGAGACGCAAAGACGACGAGAUGAGGAACAUCCGGAUCCAUGCCCUCCUCCACUUGGGGGCCAUCGUUGCUGUGGAUAUCUUCUUCCACUUCUUCUACAUCCUCACCCUUCCUUCUGACCUGAAGUUCAUGAACCGACUCUCAGACUGGUCCUUGGCUGGCUUGGCCUACUCCAAUUUGGUGUAUGACUGGGUGAAAGCAGCUGUCAUGUUUGGGGUCAUCAACACUAUUGCCAGACUGGACCACUUGGACCCACCCCAGCCCCCGAAAUGCAUCACCAUGCUCUACGUCUUCGCAGAAACGCACUUUGACAGAGGGAUUAAUGACUGGCUGUGCAAGUAUGUGUAUGACCACAUUGGAGAAAACCACGACAACAUCAUGAAGGAGCUUGUGGCCACCAUCGCCACCUUUGCCGUCACCACCCUGUGGCUGGGGCCCUGUGAGAUUGUUUACAUCUGGUCUGUCUUCAACUGCUUUGGCCUCAACUUUGAGCUCUGGGUGCAGAAGUUCUUCCAACAGGAACCCUUUGCCAAACUGGAG